GGGAUUGCUUGCGUCUUCCAGAUCGGUGAAUAGGCAUUACCUGGGACUAAUAUAACUCUGGCAUUACUAAAACUUCCAUCCACCCGUCUCCGGGGACCGUGCAUGCAGUUUCACGUGUCACGCCUGAGCGAGUUUACACAUAGGCCUAAAGUGAUGUCGCUCUGGGGCCCUGUGGCGGGAUUUGUAGCCAGUGAGCUGGUGGGCAUGGUGUGGUACUCCUCGGUACUGUUCGGAGAUUCAUGGAUGAGGAUGGUGCACCCAAGAAAACGCCCAGAGGAACUGAAAUCUUCUUCAGGUCGUGCUAUGGUCGUUUCCAUGGCAGCACAUGCUGCUCUCGCUGGAAUUCUGCGACAUGUUUAUGUGAACCACAUGUUGAUUGAUAACCUCCCUAUGGCCAUGGCAGCUGGUCUCUCCAUUUCAACAGUCUGCGCCAUCUCAGAAAUCUGCCAUGUCAUGUUUGGUAAAAAAUCCUGGGCAUUGUUUGCUAUUGAUAAUGGAUUUAACACUGCUGUCAUUCUGACCAUGAGUGUCGGUAUUGGUUUAUUCCUGUAA